AUGCUGCGUGCCCUUUUGGUGGUGACGUUGGUGUCUUUAGUGACGUGCGAGCAGUGUGGGGCUUCAUCAGCUUCAUCCUGUGAGGGUGAGGCUACAGACUCCUCUUUCAUCCAGGGGAAGCGUAAGACGCCCUCACCACAACGCAAGCCCCAUGUGCUGUUGAUCCUCGCGGACGACUAUGGUUGGGCCAACUUUGGCAAGCAUCGUUUGUCUUCCGCGACUGCAGAGGAUCGCCAGGCCCAAGCAGAGGUGCAGACGCCCAACAUGGACUCGUUGGUCGACAAUGGCAUCCUGCUCGAGCGUCACUAUGCCUACAAGAUUUGCUCGCCUUCGCGAUGCAGCUUGCAGACCGGACGUUUGGCAGUGCACGUGAACACGGUGAACACAGGAGUGACAUAUUGGAACCCAGGAGACAACGUGUCAGGCUUUGCGGGCAUCCCACGCAACAUGACGGGUGUGGCCAAGAAGAUGAAGGCUGGAGGAUACAAGACUCACAUGGUGGGCAAAUGGGAUGCAGGCAUGGCAACGCCUGAGCACUCACCUUUGGGCAAAGGCUAUGACACUUGGUUGGGCUAUUUUCAGCAUGCCAAUGACUAUUGGCAAGAAAGUAUGCCUUUGGCCUCCACGGGAAAUUUGGAUGUGUGUCUCAAUGAGUUCCGUGAUUUCUCCUUUUACAACGACACGUACCAUGGUCCAGUGAUUGAAGAGAUUGCGGCUGAGCUGGGCUGCAAUCUUGAAGAUCCAGACUACUGCCUGCCGGACUCAUGCUAUGAGGAGGCCAUGUUCAACGAGCACGAUCUGACAGAUCAAGACUCACCUCUCUUCCUUUUCUACGCCUUCCAUUUGCUGCACACUCCCUUGCAGCUUCCAAAUUCGUACCUGGAAGAGAUUGACAAACUGGCCAAUGCCAGCGGCCAGCAGCAACUUCCAUGGACUCAAAACCGUCGCCUGUAUGCGGGCAUGACCUUGUACCUCGACACCAUGAUCGGCCAAGAUGGUAGUGGUACCAUGUAUGACAACACCCUCAUUGUCUUCACGGCUGACAAUGGAGGACCUGUCUAUGAGCCAGGUGGAAAAUACAGCGAUUGGGAGGGUGCCGUGCGCACCAAUGCCUUCGUCUCGGGUGGCUUCGUGCCGCCGCAUCGCCGAGGGAAGAAAUUCCGUGGCGUCAUGUCCAUCGCUGACUGGUGCCGUGGUGGGUCGAAGGGCCGGGAGAUGCAGGGAGAGU